UAUAAAAGAGACUUACAGAAACUUUCACUCAGAAUAGCACAAACUAUAAUGCACCAUCUCUUUUCAAAAACUGUAUACUGUAUACAAACUAUAGAUGAUUCUUUUCUUUAUUUGACUGCUAAGCACCCAAUCAACUUUUAGGAUGUGGUUGCUGAUAAUAUUGGUGAGCUUCCUGAUUAUGGCUGCAGGAUCAUGUUGGUACCUGUUCGGAAGACCAAGUCCAUUUACAUUGGAGUCAGUGAGACCACCAGGACCUUAUGAGAAAGACCAGAGGGAAAGAGACAAAGUGUUGAAACAAGGAUUUACCAAGGAGAAAAUUCCCAAAAAUCUGGAUGCCAUUGUGAUAGGAAGUGGCAUUGGAGGAAUGACGGCAGCAGCCACAAUGGCCAAAGUAGGGAAGAGAGUCCUGGUGUUGGAGCAACAUGAUGUGGCAGGAGGCUGUUGCCACACUUUCACCAAACAGGGUUUUGAGUUCGAUGUUGGACUUCACUACAUUGGACAGCUGCACGAAAACAGUCUGUUUAAGGUUGCUAUGGACCAAAUCACUGAGGGUCAACUGGAGUUUGUGGAGAUAGAUCAGCAUUUUGACAAUCUUGUGAUUGGUGCUGGAGAGGAACGGAGAGAAUACAGCAUUUACACAGGCAAGACUGAGAUGGAGCAACACCUGAAGAAGCAGUUUCCUGAGGAUGUCAAAGCUGUGGAGGAGUUCUUUAAGCUAAUGAAGAUUGCAGCCAGCCGGACUCCAUUGUUAGCUAUCCUGAAGCUGAUCCCAAGGUGGUUGGCCCUGUUUCUGCUAAAGACUGGCAUUGCUGACUUCUGUUCAUCUGUGUUUCGUCUCUCAGGCACCAGUGCCACAGAGAUAAAUUACAGACUGACAAGCAACAAGGAUUUGCACUUGAUCUUCUCCUAUUUCUUCUAUGGUGUUCCUCCCAAAGAUUCUAGCUGUAUGAUUAAUGCUCUGCUGCUUCACCAUUACAAGCGUGGUGCAUACUACCCCAAAGGGGGUGCCAGUGAGAUUCCAUUCCACAUCACAAAAGUCAUACAGAAACAUGGAGGAAAUGUGCUUGUCCGUGCCCCUGUCAGUCGUAUUCUGGUUGAUAAGAAUGGAUCUGCAUAUGGGGUAGCAGUCAGGAAAGGUGGUGAGGAUGUCGAGGUCUAUGCUCCUGUUGUUAUCUCCAACUGUGGAAUCUACACCACCUUCCAAAAGCUCUUACCUCCAGAGAUACAAGCCAAGCCAGAGAUUCAGAAUCGUUUGGAUAUAAAGCCAGGGAAAGCAUCAUUUCUUCUAUUCUCAGGAUUCGAUGCAACCCAAGAAGAACUAGGCAUCACAUCCACGAAUUUGUGGCUUUUCAAAUCCAAUGACAUGGAUGCCAUGAUGGAUGAUUUCUUCAGUAUGGGUAAAGAGGAGGCACCAGAAAAUAUACCCAUGAUGUUGAUCACCUUUCCCUCUGCCAAAGACCACACAUCACAAAUCCGACACCCAGGCAAGUCAUGUAUGACCAUCCUGACCAUGGUGAAUUAUGAAUGGUUUGAGGAGUGGAAGGACACAAAAGUGAGGAAAAGAGGGGAUGACUAUUACACCUAUAAAAUGAGAUAUGCCAACUACCUCUUUGACUGGGCAUGUGAACACUUCCCAAAACUCAGAGAAAAGCUUGUUUUUCAGGAGGCAGCCUCUCCUUUGACAACUGUGCACUAUCUAGGCUCUAUGCGAGGAGCCAUUUAUUCAGCUGAUCACAACUUGGAACGCUUCAAGGCAGAGACCAUUGCUAAGAAUCGCUGUGAUAGCUCUGUUAAAAACCUUUACAUUUCAGGUCAGGAUGUGUUUAGCUGUGGUAUUGCUGGUGCAAUGCAUGGUGGACUACUUUGUGCCUCUUCAGUGCUAAAUCGAAUAGUAUAUAUUGACCUCUUUCUGCUCAAGAAAAAACUAAAGAGGAAGAAAGCUAGGGAGAUUGCCAGACUGAGCAAACCAAAGCUGCAGUGAUGCAACUGUGCCGACUUUGCAAGAUGGAUGGACAGCUACUCAUUGCAUUUCAAUACAUCAUAGCAAUUUUUAGCACAUAUUAAUAUUUUACACACUCUGAAAAAAAUGUCAAAAUAUGUACCCCAGCAGUUACUGGGGUGAUACCCUUUAAAAAAGAUUUGUACCUAAAGAGCUCAUAGUAGCACCUCAAAGGUUCAUAUUGAUACCAAAUCUAUACAUAUCUGUACCUAAUAGGACUUUUUUAAAGGGAACUGCCCCAAUGGCAGCUGGGGUACGGGAGAGCGGGGUAAGUUGUCACACUGUUCAUAACUCCAACAGAGGCUUUGGGCCCUAUCUUGCACCCAGCGCAAUUGACUUUGUCAGUGACACAUGUAUCAUUCGUAUUUUGCACCGGUGCACAGCGGGUUUUUCCCUCCACGGACGCACGUCGGCAAACUAGGGAAUGAACUUGCGCUCCCUGGGCGGUUCAGCGCAAAAAAGGAGGCGUGUUGCGGCGCAAACCAUCCCUGAUGCUAUUUUGCAGUUUCAAAAAACAAUUGCGCCACUGACCAAAAAAAAACUAGUCUAAAGUCAGUGGCGCGUUGCGCGUGGUUCAUUAUGUUAUUUUAGGGGCGCAUGCUUGACCAUAAUGUAUAGACCCCUUCAAGGUUUGUAAACAUUGAAUGACUAUCGGGUGCGUGCGCAGCAUGGGGUCAAACUGUUCAUACAAUCGAGGCUUUAAAAUUUAAUCUAACAGGGCUGAAAAAUGAUGACUUACCUCAAAUGAAGUGAGCACUACAAUCACAAGCCUCUUUGAUAUUUGUAUUGUUCAAGUCUGCACGUUAAUAGCUUGCAGCCGCAGAUGUUGUAUUUUUUUGUUUUUGAGAUUCUGCAUGAAUCGCGAAAACUUAACGGAAGACCUGGCGCGAUUUUCAGAGCCCACGACGGAAGUAGGCAUUUUUACGAUACCGAAUAACACGCAACUCAAUCUGCUGUAAUUACUUUUCUGACCCCGACAUGCGCAGUGGGAACCGCCUGUGACGUGAACCGUGAAGGGGUCUAUAGCGUGCACAACGCGCACAUACUUUGCUUAUCUAAUCACAGAUGUAACAGUUAUUUUUGCAAAUCAUAAAUUGUUACAAUAAAAAAUAUUAACACAUGAGAAUCAUAGUGGUGAGCAUUGUGGUGAUAGUUUUUAUUUAUUGUGUGGCUGCGUUAAAAAAUUAUCAUGCAAAUAACGAUUAAAAUAUUAUCAUAAGAAACCUUAAUGUAUAUGAACUUGAUUUGUAAGUGCACUUUGGGGUUGGACCUUGCUAGCGUUUCUUGGGUCCGAUUUCAAAGCCCCCAAACCCUUUCAGCGGUGAGGGUGGUCUGCUGGCGUCAGGUCCUGAGGCAGACCCACCUCCCGUUACACGGCGCGUGCCCGAUUUAUGCUGGCAAGCUUGAGAUUCCCCCGUCUCCUGACAUCAUUGUAGCGCUUGGCGCAACGAGGGGGAUGCCAGCUGAUGAGACAAUCGUGGCUAUUUCCUCUCACGCCUGUUUAACCUACGCUGAUUUGGGCGGGUUUCCCCAUUCCUCAUACAAAACAACUUCUCUGUCUUUGACUGCUCUUACAAGAACGUCGGUCUCCUCGGCUGUGAACCGCUCCUAGCGUGCGCCUGGUAAAUCCGUCAUAAUAAUAGCAACCUGCCAUGGAACUUGCGCCCUUGCGUUUAAAGGGAAUGUUGGAUAGCGUUCUGAUUGGUUUAUUUGACGUUACGCCCAAACCACACCUAUGAAUAAUGAACCUACUUCAGGCCAACCCCUUAUUGAUUUGCUCCUGGCGCAAGAGUUAUUUCUCCCGCCGGGAAAAUAGCAACAGCGCCCAAGAUCCACCCACAAAGUCACUUGCGCAUUGCGCUUCGCACUUGCGUUUCAGAUCGUUAAAAUAGGGCCCAAAAUCUUAAAAAUCAAAUAGCCACUUGUCACUGUCAUGACUUCUUCUAUAGUCAACUUUGUGUUCACAUGUGGUGAUCGCUCUAAUCUGACAUUCCCACAAUUUUCUUAUUUUUGCUUAUUUUUUGGUAUAAAAAGAAAAAAUUUGCACUUUAUUUUAUGCAAUACAAAUUUGUUAAAUAUGAAUGUUAAAAAUUAUUAUUUUGCACAAAAUAGAGAAGACAAUUACGUGUCUUUUAAUACUUUAGCUGACGUGCUAUGUUGAGCUAACCCUGAGAUUUAGCCAACAUUAGCACACAUGUCAGUUUGGGGCAAGUUGUCUCAAUGACUUUGGGGCAAGUUGUCACAUGCUUUUCACACUGGAAAUAUUAUUCUAAACCCACGGAUUAACGAAACCAUGGGUUAUCUGUUUCACAUUUCACCAGGGAUUAGAUAACCCUCGGUAUUCAUAUCUGACAUAAUCUAAUCUAGUGUGACAAUUUACCCAACCGUGGGGCAAAUUGUCACAAGUGAACAUUCUCUAUUCAACAGUCUACAGCUCCGUAAUGAGAUAAAAUACGAACAUUUAAUGAAUACAACAUAUGUGCAAAACUUCCUUCUUUUUUAUUGGUAUGAGAUGUAUACCAUUGUGCUGUAUGCUCAGUAAAUGUUAAGCCCUUUUCACACAGACAUUCCGGAAAAUACACGUAAAAUGCAUCCUGGAUUUUUCCGGAAUGAUUAGAGUUUUUGUUCGUUCACACUGCCAAGAUUACACGGCAUCUGAUGGUCCCGGAAAGACACGUGACGUGUUGAAAGUCCCGCCCUCUCUUCUACGCAGCGUCUGAAGUUUGCAUAUUAUAUAUUAUUUCUCUCUCCAGAAACAACUCGCGUGCAUUUUUGUUUAUGAUAAGACUGCGUUGAUAAGACUAUGAUAAGACACCAGUUCUAUGCUGGUGAAUGAUCUCAGCUUCAGAGUGGAUAUUUGACAAGCUCCCUGAUUUCUGCUUUGAUACAGUUUUCAGACAUUUCUCAUCGUGAUUGUUUAUAUGCAUUUAAAACCCGCAUUUUGAGGAGCUGAACAAUAUAUCUCGUUGGGAUGACAUGCGGGUAUUUUCGUUUAUUAUAGCUCAACUGAGCACGUGACGCGAUAUUCUUUUAUGCUGCUGAAUGAUCUCCGUUUCAACGCAGUAAGUAACGAGCUAACUUACCUGAUAUCUGCUUCAGUCUAGUAUGCUGACAUUUCUCGUAGUGAAUGUUGUAAAUCCCUCAUUUUAAAGAGUUGAACCAACUUCAUGUUGCCAUGACACGCGUGUCCUCACUACCGCACGUGCGUCAUUGUUUAUGCGUCUCAUAUAUAAUUUCCUGAUAACUGCUUCAAUCUAGUUUGCAAAAUUUCUCGUGGUGAAUGUUAAUAUGCAUGUUAUCUCUCGUUGUAAGGAGCUGAACCAUAACUUGUGUUGUGAUGAUGACGCGCACGUCCUCACUUCGACACGCCCUUUACGGCAUUCUUGUUCACACAGAGGGUUACCCGCAUAUCUUACUAGGUCCUCUUUCCGGCAACGAUCCCAGAAGAUUAACGGAACGAGUUUUUGUUCACACAGACGCUUGUCUGGAAAUUUUACGGGUAUUUUCUGGGACCAGAGGUCUGUGUGAAUGGGGUAUCAGACAGUGUAAAACGUGUGACAACUUACCCCGCUCUCCCCUACAUAUUUUGACCUUAUUUCUGACAGUGUAUAGAAAGUAAUGAAAGUGAAUAUUUUAAAAUAUAAAAGAUUUAACUGAUUUGUUUGUCUGAGAUUAAUUGUUUAUGCCUUUUAAAUGAUGCAAUAGACAAAGGUCCCACUCUAAAAAAACUAACGGUGCUAUAUAGCACCAAAACUGUUGCUUUGGAUCGUAACCAUAGAAGAACCAUUUUUAGUGCCAUAUAGCACCAGUGAAGCACCUGUGUAGAACCAUAUAGGGGCCAUAUAGCACCACUAUAGCACCACAUAUGGUUCUACAAAGCACUAUAUGGUUCUACACAGGUGCUUCACUGGUGCUUCACCGGUGCUAUGUGGCACUAAAAAUGGUUCUUCUAUGAUUACGAGCAAAGAACCACUUUUGGUGCUAUAUAGCACCGUUUGUUUUUAGAGUGGCAGCACUAUUAGGUUGACUACAAGGCAGGCAUUUCUCUUUAUUUGGAGAAUACACUCUUUUUUGUGCUUUGUAUAGAAAUUUGUAUAAAAAGCUUUUUUGUAUUAUGAUAGUAGAACAUAAGUAAAUGUCAUUAGAUAUAAAGUGUAAAAUGAUGUUGUCACUUUUCACUGAGAUAUUG